UACAUACGUAUAUACUACAUAAAAUCAAUUUUUAAGUGUCCGACUCCACUCACUUCAUAGACAUGUUCAACGUGUCUGCCGCGUCUACAGCCUCCACCGCCGCCGCUACAUCCGUCGUUAACACUGCCCAACCGUCGCUUUUCGCUGUGUCUUCUGUUGUUCUCCACAAAGAUAGAAUAUAUUUUUCUUCUAUCUUCUGGGUUCAUGUCCAGCUUUCUUCCUCUUCUUCUCUGCGUUCCAGGAUUUGUCCCGUCAAAGCCAUGUCUCACUCUCAAACCCUCUCUGCUCCAACCCAUGACUCGCGCUCUUCCGCUUCUGGGAAGAAGCAAGCUUUGAUAUCUUUGUCAGAUAAGAAGGACCUGGCUUUACUUGGAAUUGGACUACAAGAAGUGGGAUACACAAUUGUUUCAACUGGAGGAACGGCUACUUCUUUAGAAAAGGCUGUGGUGUCAAUGACUAAAGUAGAACAGCUCACCUUGUUCCUGGAAAUGUUAAAAUAUCUUUGGAACACAGUUUUGCAUUUAUAUGGUAUUCUUAUUGUUUCAAUAAUAAAUAAUAAUCACAUAUGAAAUGAUUGAUUAAACAUUGCUGAGUAUUAUGUUUUUCAAGUUUGAUCAGUUAAAUUCAUGUCCAUCUUCAACUUUAUUUAGGCCCUGAGCUUGUUCAUUAAUCAAACUCAACUCAUUCAUUGUUAGAUCUUUCACUCCCUUAAGUUUUCCUUUUGCAGGGUACUCAUAUCUUUUUUUAUUUUUUUUUAUGUUUAGCUUUUCCUGUUGCAUUACAAGAAUAGUAUUAGUUUUGUAGUGCAGCUUGAUGGUUGUGUGAAAACUUUACACCCCAAUGUUCAUGGGGGUAUUCUUGCUAGAAGGGACCAAAAA